AAUCUUUUUAUAAAACAUCUCUCCACUCCUGUCAAUCUCUUCAAGAAACACAUUACACCUAAACAUGCGUGCCUGGUCUACUCCUUUCCUCCGCCCUAUGGCUCCUUUCCUUAUCGGAGGCGCCGUUACCUUCUACCUCAUCAAUAGCGCCCAGGAAACUAUGUUGAAGAGUAUGUUCUUUCUGUCUGAAUGUUUUUUAAUCCCUUCCUUCCGAUAAAAGAGAAUGACGAUAAAGAAAAACAGGGAGUAAAAACAUUUUUCGCCCUGAGGUUUUCACAGCUAUCGACCAGUACUAUGUUUUUGAACUCGUGCUUUUGUUGGUUGACUCUCAGGAGCAAUUUUCUAAGCUGUUAUUGAAGGGAAUGCUUGUGUUGGAGAUUCUAUUCGGGGACACCACACGUUGUGAAUAGUAUGCUCGUUCGUCCAUUCUAACUUUUUCACGG